AUGUCUCCCAACACCACGACCUGCCUCAUCACCGGCGCCAAUCGCGGCAUCGGCCGCGGCCUCGUCGCCGCCUACCUCGCCCGCCCACACCACACCGUCAUCGCCGCCGUCCGCGACCCCGCGCACCCAACCGCCCAAUCCCUGCACGACCUGGUCCCCCAUGCUCCAUCUCUAUCCGCAACGUCCGGACAGCCGUCGUCCUCCUCGCGCCUCAUCCUCCUCCAAAUGGACUGCGCGUCAUCUGCCUCCAUCGCCGCCGCCUUCGCCGCACUGACCAACGUCCAUGGCAUCCGCGCGCUCGACAUCGUCGUCGCGAACGCUGGCGUCGGCUUCGCGACCGGCCGCCCGCUGGCGGCGGAGGGCAGGGCGGAGUUGCAGCGGUUUGUGGAUGUGAAUGCGCAUGGGCCGCUCGAGGUGUUUGGGGGGGCGUUGGGGUUGAUGAGGGAGGCGGGGAAGGCCGGGGAGAGGAAGCCGCGGUUCAUGCUCGUGUCGAGCAAUUUGGGGAGUUUUGAGUUGAUGGGGAAGGCGUGGGGGUACGGGUUGUACGGCGCCAGUAAGGCGAUGGCGAAUUUUUUGAUUAAGUGGUUGGCGUUGGAGAAUGCGGGGGAGGUGGUGGUUUUUGCGGUGCAUCCCGGACCGGUGAAGACGGAUAUGGGGGAUCGCGCUAUUCAGGAGUUGGAGAAGAUGGGGGUUGACCUGAAUCUGAGAUGGUUGGAGGUGGAGGAGAGUGUGAAGGGGCUUCAAACGCUGAUUGACGGUGCCGAGAGUAAAAACUUGAAUGGCCGCUUUUUCCAACACGAUGGAAUAGAGCUGCCGUGGUAG